AGCUAUCAACAAAACGAAACAAUUUUCUCAGACGGAUCUGCAACCAUGGCGGAUAAAGCUGCAGCAGUGAAAACCAAGAAGGGUGCUGCCCCUCCUAAGGUGGCUGCGGGGCCCAAGAAGUUGCGCGUCCGCAAGCCCAAGCCUGAGCCCAAGGACAAGACCAAGAAUGUCAUGCGUGAAGUCAGGAUCCGCAAACUCUGCCUUAACAUUUGCGUCGGCGAGAGCGGUGACAGGCUGACUCGUGCCGCCAAGGUGUUGGAGCAGCUGACUGGUCAGCAACCCGUCUUCUCAAAGGCUAGGUACACUGUCAGGUCAUUCGGCAUCAGGCGUAACGAAAAGAUCGCUGUGCACUGCACUGUCAGAGGCGCCAAGGCUGAGGAAAUCCUUGAGCGAGGUCUUAAGGUGCGAGAAUACGAGUUGAGGCGAGACAACUUCUCACACACUGGAAACUUUGGAUUCGGCAUCCAAGAACACAUUGACUUGGGAAUCAAGUACGACCCUUCAAUAGGCAUUUACGGCCUGGACUUCUACGUUGUCCUUGGACGACCUGGAUUCAACGUGAGGUACCGCAGACGUAAGCAGGGACAAGUUGGCUUCCAGCACAGGUUGACCAAGGAGGACGCCAUGAAGUGGUUCCAAACUAAGUACGAUGGCAUCAUCCUCCCAGGCAAGGGCAAGUAAUUUCCCUGUAUUUCAAAAUAAGUUCAAUAAAAAAACAGAAAUCUUGGAAAAUAAA